GAAAUAUCGAAACAUAUUACAUAGCUUCUAGCUUCAUAGCACGUGUGAAUCAAAAAUAAGUUAUUAAAAAUUAUCCUUUUUGAAAGGAUUUGUUAUUUUUUAUUGACUGUAAUAGCAUUCGUUAAAUCAUGUCAAAUUUACUUGACAGUCCUUCUUUCGAUGAAGAUAUUAAAUCAAAAAAAGAUGAUAACGAAUUACGAGAAUUCUUAACGAUUCAAGAAGAAACGGCACGAUUUAAUGCACAGAUCCAUGAAUUUAAUGAAUUAUGUUGGGAUAAAUGUGUCGAUAAACCAGGAAAUAAAUUGGAUAGUCGAACAGAAACAUGUUUAAAUAAUUGUGUUGAUAGAUUCAUCGACGUUUCAUUACUUAUCACUUCCCGUUUUGCUCAAUUAUUACAGAAAUCUGGGGGAAUAUAGAAUGUAUAUUAUUUAUAUAUAUUUAUAGUUACAUAUAAAUUCAAAUAAUAAAAUCAGUUGGUCUAUAUGGAAUUAUAUUUUGGAUGUACAAUAUAUAUAUACUUCAACAAGUGUGUUUAAACAACAUUUCUCUUUUAUAUGUAGGGACGUGUUAUCAUUACAUUAUUAAAAAUAUUACCAAAAAAGAAAUAAACUUAUGGAAAUAAUAUAUAUAUAAGAGGAUCAUAUCAUUUGAACUGUAAAGACACGUAACAUCAAAUUUUGUUUCAAAUAUAGAGAUGUAAUAUCUAGAAAUAAUAAAAAAAAAUAGAACUUAGUAGCAUAUAAAAUUUUUUGUUAUAUUACAAUGUUUAUAUUACAAUAAAUGCAGAUUGUGCAAUUAACAUA